AUGAGAAGAAAUCCAGUCGAAUUCAGGAUAAAUAUUCAAAUCAAGGCAUUUAUAAGUAAAAGAACAUCAACCAAAUUCUGUUUUUGUGUUUUGUACCUUUUGGUAAACCGAAUACAACGUUGGAAUGGUUUGAUAGCCCCACAUGAAUUUCUCGGUGGUUGUUUCAAUUUUAUUAGCAAGCAAAUCAGCUCCACUCGAACUGCGAUCGUCUCUGAUGUUCGAAUGGAACGUAUUGCCUCCGUAAAAGUUGCCAAAUAA